AUGCCUGCAAGAGUCAUCGUCGUCGGUGCUGGUCUUUCUGGCCUGAGUGCUGCUCACACCAUCUACCUCAAUGGCGGAAAUGUCGUCUUACUCGACAAGAACAACUUCAUGGGAGGAAACUCCACCAAGGCCACCUCAGGAAUCAACGGUGCCCUUACCCGCACACAAACCGACCUCGGAAUUCAGGACAGCGUAAAGCAAUUCUACGAAGACACAUUGAAGUCGGCCAGAGACAAGGCGCGACCAGAUCUCAUCAAGGUCUUGACAUACAAGUCAGCUGGUGCCGUUGAGUGGCUACAAGAUGUCUUCAACCUGGACCUGACCCUUGUUUCACGACUCGGAGGCCACUCAUUCCCCCGUACUCACCGUGGUCACGAUGCCAAGUUCCCUGGUAUGGCUAUCACCUACGCCCUGAUGCAACGAUUCGAAGAACUCGCCGAGACUGAGCCCGAGCGUGUUUCACUCAUCAAGAAGGCCAAGGUCACCAAGAUCAACAAGGAGGGAAACAAUGUUACUGGUGUCACAUACUCCUUCAACAACGAGGAAGUCACCGUAGAUGGCCCUGUCAUCCUCGCAACCGGAGGUUACGCUGCCGACUUCACAGACGACUCGCUCCUCAAGAAGUGGAGACCCGAUACCUUUGGUCUGGCCACCACUAACGGUGCCCACGCCACUGGUGACGGUCACAAGAUGCUCAUGCAGAUUGGUGCCAACGGUAUCGAUAUGGACAAGGUUCAAGUUCACCCUACUGGCUUGGUCGACCCCAAGGACCCUGGUUCCAAGUGGAAAUUCUUGGCUGCCGAAGCUCUUCGUGGUGAAGGUGGUCUCUUGCUCAACGGCAAGGGUCAGCGUUUCUCAGACGAACUCGGACACCGCGAUUACGUCUCGGGUAAGAUGUGGGAAGAGAAGGAGAAGGGAACAUGGCCCAUUCGUCUUGUUCUCAACUCAAAGGCUUCCAACGUUCUCGACUUCCACACUCGUCACUACUCAGGUCGUGGUCUGAUGAAGAAGAUGAGUGGCGAGGAGCUCAUCAAAGAGAUUGGCUGCUCGAGAAAGGAUCUUGAGGAGACCUUCAGCAAUUACAACGAGAUUGCCGAUGGCAAGCAGAAGGAUCCCUACGGCAAGAAGUACUUCCACAACAUGCCUUUCCAGGUCGACGAUACUUUCCACGUCGCCGUCAUGGAGCCUGUUCUCCACUUCACCAUGGGUGGUAUUGAGAUCAACGACCAGGCACAAUGCCUGAACUCCGAUGGCAAGCCAUUUGACGGUCUCUUCGUCUGUGGUGAGCUUGCUGGUGGUGUUCACGGCUCGAACCGCCUCGGUGGUUCAUCCCUGCUUGGCUGUGUAGUCUACGGCCGUGUCGCUGGUGACUCUGCAAGCAAAUACCUCUUCCAACAGGUCUUGAAUGGCGGUGGCUCAGCAGCAGCUCAACGUCUUGGCCAGAUCAGUCUGCACAUCGAUCCCAACCAGCCUGGCAAGAUCUCCGUAGAAUGGGCGAACGGUGUUGGUGCUUCGUCAGGCGCCGAAGAAGCCAUCCAAAGACAGUCGCAACAAUCCGCAGGUCCAGUCAUGACAUCAGGCAAGAACGCCGACUCUUCGGACCCUGCUAAGGUAUCCAAGCCCAACGACAUCAAGGAAUUCAAAGUUCCCGAGAAGGAGUUCACUCUCGAGGAAGUAGCCAAGCACAACAAGAAGGAGGACCUUUGGAUUGCAGUCAAGGGCGUCGUCAUGGAUGUGACCGACUGGGUGGAAGAGCACCCUGGUGGUCCCCAAGCUCUUUUCAGUCACAUGGGCAGAGACGCAAGUGAGGAGUUUGAGAUGCUGCAUGACGACGAGGUCAUCCCCAAGUACGCUGCUGGAAUCGUGAUCGGCCGAGUAAAGGGCCAGGAGGUCACCCUCGAGUAUUGA